GUCUACAUUCAGCCAGCCUCAAAAAUGGAAUGAACAUGAUCUACUCUGGCCCUUUUCUCGAUUCUCCCUUAUAUUAUCCUCUCCCACCGUUCUUCGUUGCUUCUUCUUCCUUAUCUUCCGCAUCGUCCUGAAAUUCACCGUUACUCUGAAUCAUGGGUUUUUCCACGUCAUCUAAGAAUAUCUCCCUUCGCUCCAUCGUACAUCAACCGGAUGGCAAGGAUAUAACAAACCUAUGUGCGUACUGUAAACGAGAUGAUGGACAAUGGUGCUACUCUGAGAUUACCAUUGACUGGCAUGUUGGCUUUACCAUUACGGGAGGAGGCAGUUUUUGGUUGGACUCCAAUGGUAUUACUUCGAACAGAAACAUAGAAAACUUGACGCUCGCUGCCGAAGGAGCCGUGUUACUCUGCAAAUUAGACGAUAGCUGGAAUCACAAGAUAAUUCCGCUGUGCUUGGAUCUGAUUUUCCAUAAUGACAAUGGCCAACUGGUUUAUCAAAUUCCCCCCAAGAAUAUCCGGUCGCGUUUGUGUCAUGUAACUCUUAAUCAGUGGACCGUAAUAAAAGGCUUUGCAUUCACCCGUUAUGGGACACUCCGCGCCACCGAACUGGAUCUGGGCAAACACCUUGCCAAUGAAGACGGAAUGAUUGUCAGGAAGAAAAAUGGCCACUUCGACUACACUGCCAGAAAUUGGUCCUUAGACGACCAGUGGAACUUUUGGGUCAGCUUGCAAAGAAUCAACAAGUCCUGGAACGACGAUAUACAAUGUUGGGAGCUGAUGGACCAGUGGAUUAGUAUCGACGAUGACGGAAACUUGAUUAUGGAAGACGCCGCUGGUACCUGGGAUCUGCGGGGACCUUUUUUCAGGCUUUUGGAAGAUAUUCCAGUAAUAGGAUAUAUAGUUGCUGGCAUUGAUGAGAUAUCGGGUGACCAUGAUGAGGCGGUCCGUGCUGCUGCUGAAUGCACCUACUCAACCAUUGUGAUGGGCGCUGCUUUGGUUGGUGGUGCUUUAUUCGGGCCGGUCGGUGCUGCAGUCGCAUCUGCUGUUGCGGGAUAUGCAGGCAUGUAUGCCAAAGCUGCUAUUGGGCAGCACAUUGGCAAUCCCGCCAUGCGGAAUGAGGUGACAGCUAUCACCGUUUAUCGAGUUCUUACCACAGAACUUUUCUUAAUUGCCGGAGUCGGCAUAGGGGAGAUGUCGGUUGCUUUCAGUGAUCUACUAGCAGAGGAAUUGAUGGCUGAAGGAUUUGAUCAAUUAGUGGUUGAUAUGGGGAAGUGGCUAGGCAAGAAAGGGUUGAAAUCCAUGACCAAAGAGGAUAUGAAGCUGAUUGUGAAUCAUCUUCUCGAUGCCAUCAAACAUGGUAAGUCGGAGGAUGACAUUAAACAUAUGUUCAAUGACUAUCAGAAUGAUGGUGUGGAUCUGUUGAAUUCCUAGAUGUGAAUGAUGACUCGAUGAGCUGGAAGAUGAGCCCAAGAGCAUGGAUUAUAGCCAUGCCUUGUAAUCACAAUCUGGGUCUAGUGGGUUAGCAUAGAGCAGAUGGGUUUAUAGCAGAUGGGUUUAUAGCAGAUGGGUUUAUAGCAGAUGGGUUUAUAGCAGAUGGGUUUAUAGCAGUUAGGUUAAUAGCAG